UCUACGUUGACAUACGCAAUUCAGCGGAAAAACUCGGACGGAAACCGCCGUUUCCAUCUUGCUGCCCGAUUGUCAAGUUCUUCCACUUUCUUCCAGCUUUCUUCCGCCUGUUCCUCUCUUUUCUCGUGCUUUCUCAAGCUUAAUCACACGCAAUAUGUCGACGACACUCUACUCAAAGUUAAGUCUCAGAACCCCUCACGGCCUGGCCAGAUCUGUCCGACUCUUCUCAAGUUCUUCCGCUACCAUGUCCGACUCUACUUUCCGCCUCGAGAAAGAUACUUUUGGUGAACUUCAGGUUCCCGCGGACCGGUACUGGGGUGCACAGACACAACGAUCCUUGCAGAACUUUGACAUUGGUGGCCCUACGGAACGGCUCCCCCCCCCUCUUAUUAAAGCCUUUGGUGUCCUCAAGAAAGCCGCUUCCGUUGUCAAUGUCGGUUAUGGCAUGGAUCCAAAGGUCGGCGAAGCCAUUCAGAAGGCAGCUGAUGAUGUGAUUUCCGGGAAACUCAUUGACCAUUUCCCCCUUGUUGUAUUCCAAACGGGUAGCGGUACCCAGAGUAAUAUGAACGUCAACGAGGUUAUCUCCAACAGAGCCAUCGAGCUUCUUGGCGGCGAACUUGGGUCAAAGAACCCAGUACACCCGAAUGACCACGUUAACAUGAGCCAAAGCAGCAACGACACGUUUCCCACUGCUAUGCACGUUGCCGCCGUCACGGAACUCAGCCGUAACCUUCUCCCGGCUUUGACUGAACUCCGAGAUGCUCUCAAUACAAAGUCGGUUGCCUUUGAUAAUAUUAUCAAAAUCGGUCGUACGCAUCUUCAGGAUGCGACUCCUCUCACUUUGGGCCAGGAAUUCAGUGGCUACGUUCAACAAGUCUCCAAUGGCAUCGAUCGUAUUAACGAUGUUCUCCCACGAUUGAGCCUUCUUGCACAAGGUGGAACUGCUGUUGGCACUGGUCUUAAUACCAAGAAAGGUUUCGAUGUCAAAGUCGCAGCAGAGAUUAGCGAGAUAACUGGAUUGGAAUUCAGAACUGCUCCAAACAAGUUUGAAGCACUAGCAGCACAUGAUGCUCUAGUCGAGGCACAUGGGGCCUUGAACGUCAUUGCGUGUUCCUUGAUGAAAAUCGCCAAUGAUAUCCGAUACCUAGGGUCUGGACCUCGUUGUGGUCUGGGUGAACUCAGUCUACCGGAAAAUGAGCCCGGUAGCAGCAUCAUGCCAGGCAAGGUCAAUCCUACACAAUGCGAGGCUUUGACAAUGGUUGCCGCCCAAGUCAUGGGAAAUCAAACCGCCGUCAGUGUAGCGGGUGCCAGUGGGCAGUUUGAGCUUAAUGUCUUUAAACCGGUCAUUAUCAAAAACGUUUUACAAAGUAUUCGUUUGUUGGCUGAUGGAUCACGCUCCUUCACCAAGAACUGCGUCACUGGCAUUCAGGCGAAUGAGAAACGAAUCAACACGCUGCUUAAUGAGUCCCUCAUGCUCGCUACGAUUUUGAACAGCCAUCUAGGCUACGAUAAUGUCGCGAAAUGUGCAAAGAAGGCCCACAAGGAAGGGACGACACUGAAGGAAGCCACCGUUGCACUGGGAUUCCUGACACCGGAAGAUUUUGACCAGAAAGUUCGCCCAGAACUGAUGUUGCACCCGGACCCAGAGAACUGAUGUUGAUUGGACCAAGUAAUGAAAUGGCUGUGGUGUUUCGACGGGGAUGAUGUGAUCGAAGGCAGGACCCCGAAAAGGCAGCGGGAGCUGGGCUCAGAUCAAGUUCAGAUGAGGGACCGAAUGAUGACUGACUGAAAGCUUAGAAAAAGUCAAGUUGGAACAGAAAUUUACUUGAAAGUCAUCAGCAAAAGUGAGAAUGAGCAUUAGAACUCUUAAAACUGAGCUGUAGCAAGGAUUGUGCCAGAAUGUC